AAGAAGCCACAUCACAGUGCUCUCACCGACCCUCCCGCUUGCUCCCUCUUUUCGAAUUGGCUCUCUCCCGAAGCCCCUACGCUUGCUUGAAAGCAGCAAAAAUUUACAAUGACGGUUCUGGAGGAUCCGCUAGAAGGAUAAAGGGGAUUGUCUCUCUUUCCUCGAACACUCGCGUCUCUUCCUAAUCUGUCCUCAGCCCUUCGAUCUCGACGAUCCUCACUCCAUCCACAAUUUCCUCAAAUCCGUUCCUGUGCAAAAUCCUGGUAAGCUUAUAGAGCAGGCAAAAACUAUUUCAGAUAAUACUACAUCUGUUCCAAACGCAAAAAUGACCAGUGAAGUAGCGUUGGAGCACAAAAAUGAUGUUGUUGCUGAAAAAGCUGUGGAAUUUCCCCGGGGACAAAGGCCUGGGUUAGGUCGUAAGCGUCCUCGAUUUUCUUUGCUUCCUAAUAUAAGUCAACCUACCGUGAAUUUGGAGCCAACUUUGGACUUUGAUAAACUGAAAGGUCCAGAGGAAUUCUUCUUGGCUUACGAAAGGCUUGAAAAUGCUAAAAAAGAAAUAGCCAAGCAGACUGGCCAUGUGUUUACAGAUUCUGAUCAGUACAAUGUGUUCAUGGUUCCACGGUCUCAACGACUGGGAAUUCCGGGGAGAUCUAGCAUGGCAAAAUACAAACAUCUCUAUCCAACCAUGCUCUCCCAAGAAACCUCUGAGGAAGACAUUCUGUCUAGUUGUGGUCCACAACAAGAACAUGCAUGUCCAAAUGUUGCAUCCCAUCAAACAGAACCAGCAAAUGCAGCAUCACAACAACUGGAACCAACAAAUGAUGCAUCACAACAAACAGAAUCAGCAAGUGUUGCAUCAGAAGAAAUGGAACUAGAUGAUUCAGAAGUCGAGGCUGAGAACAGCGUUAAUAAAUUUCUGGAUGAAUUCCUUUUGCAUCAUUAUGAAGAGUUAGAAGGGGAUGGGGCAAUCAAUCUAUUACAAGACCGCUUGCAGAUCAAACCUCUUCACAUAGAAAAAUUAAGCCUUCCUGAGCUGCCAGAUAUUCAAAGGAUUAAUUUCAAGGCAUCUGGAGUAAACUUGCCAAAGCAUAGGAAUGUAUUAUCAGACAUACACAACUUGUUGAAUGGAGCAAAGAAUAUUACUCCAAUGAAGCUGCAGAAUGCAGAAAGUUCUGUUCCUAGUUUUGGUUCACCUACUCCACCAAAAAAUCCACUGGCUUCGUUAUCAUUAUUGAGGAAAGUUAUAUUUCAGCCAAAUCUAUCAAGCGAUCCAUUUUCAACUGUUGAUAUUGGCCAACCAUCAGCAAGAAAUGCUUCUCCUGUUGAAGACAUUAAUAAAGAUUCUGAUCCAAUUGAUGUGGAAAAGACUUUGUGCAUUUCUUUUGAGUUGAACUCUCUAACAACUGAAGAAGAUGAUGGCACAAUUGUUGAUAGGAGUUCAACUAUGGCAGUUGGAGAUUUCACUUGUUCAUUUGAGAAAUGUUUGAAUGAACGUUCUCUUAGACUUGCGUCUGGCAAUGGGGUUGGCCUUAGGGAAUCUGGUUUAGAGUUGGAGGAUAAUAAUGUCUGUAUGGAUUAUGAUGUCAUAAAUGAGAAUUUAAGUCAAGCUGAUGCUGUUGUAAAUCGUCAAGCAAAUGGACCCGAUGAACUAGAGGACAUCGUGGAAGAUGUGAUGCGGGAAGCUGUGGCUUCUGUGCCUUCUGAUCAAAAAACAGAUGACUGUCCUGUGGAAAUGUCAAACAGCAUUCAGAAUAAGCAUGGCCAAUCAAAUCUUGCUGUGGGCAAAAAACGUGCAUUAGAUGGAUGUGCUGACAUUCAAGAUGGUGCUCCAGAACAAAUCCAAGAGACUAUUUCAGAACAGCAAAAUGAGAAAUUUCAAGAACCUUCUGCAGUAUCAAUACAGAAGCAAAGAAAAACAAAAGUACAUCCACACAAAGGACGAUAUAAUACAGCACAGUCCAGAAGGCAAGGUCUUGCAGACCAAGCAAUGGAUGGGUGCGAUAAAUGCCAGGACAGCACUUCAGAUCAAAUCCAUGACACUACUCAAGAACAAACCCAAGCCACUUCUCCAGAACGCCACAAUGAGCAGAUUCAGGAAUCCUCUGUGAUAUCAAUGAAUGAGAGAAUCAAAGCAAAACCAAAUCCAAGAAAAGAACGCAAGAGUAAAGUUCUCUCUGGGAGGCAAAGCCUUGCAGGUUGUGGUAUGUCAUGGGAAACUGGGGUAAGACGAAGCACCAGGAUCAGGUCAAGACCUUUGGAGUAUUGGAAAGGCGAAAGAUUUUUAUAUGGGCGCAUUCAUCAGAGUUUGGCAACUAUAAUUGGGAUAAAAUACGAGUCUCCACAAAAAGAUAAAGAAAAACCCACCAUGAAGGUGAAAUCUUUUGUCUCUGAUGAAUACAAAGAUCUGGUUGAACAAGCUGCUCUGUAUUGAGAUGAUUAUGAUUAUGUUUAUGGACUGAGUGGACAACGUGGAUGUGCAACAACCUAGUGUCCUAUCCAUGAACUCAUAGUUACAUUUCCUAGCAGUAAUUUGCAUGCUCAGCUGUCUGAAUCUGUUUCAACUCCCUUACUUGUAUGGAUGUUCAUGAUGUGGCUGUUUGAAGAAUGUCUCUUUCAUACACGUCGUGUAGUUGGUGCACUAACAAAAUGUUUCUUUUCAUAGACCAUCCUAAAGCAGCAAAGCUGAACAACAUUUGUGAGACAAAUCUGAUCAUAUGUAAAGUUUUUUUUUUUAAUCGGAGAUAAAUAUGCAAGCAUAGGCUUAAGGAAGAGACAUGCUCCUUAGUAAAAUCAUGGCAUUUUUACAAAAGUGUGCCAACCUUGCAAGUACACGCCCGCACUUAUCCAAAAACCGAUGUAGGAUCCUGAACCUCGAAGGACCAGCCCACAAAGUUGGGGCUCUGUUCAGGUGUUUUUCGACUUUUGCAAUGAUUGUUGAGUUAUUUAGUAUAAUAGCCAUUGUUAAUUUGAUCAUUAUUGAUGUUUUCAA